UCCCGCGCGCAAGCAUGUCGCUGGCGGCCGAAGCCUUCGUGACACAGAUCGCAGCUGCAGAACCCUGGCCUGGAAAUGCUGCAUUGUAUCAGCCGCUGAAAGAGGAACAAAUUUUACUUUCUGAUAAUGCAGCCUGUCUUGCCGUUCAGGCUUUUUUGCAAAUGUGCAGUCUGCCAGUCGAGGUAGUUUACAGGGCAAACGCUGAGUACAUGUCUCCGUCUGGGAAAGUGCCCUUUAUUCAUGUAGGAAGUCAAGUAGUUUCUGAACUUGGUCCCAUUGUCCAGUUUGUAAAAGCAAAGGGCCAUUCGCUUAGUGACGGGUUGGAUGAAGUCCAAAAAGCUGAGAUGAAAGCCUACAUGGAAUUAGUCAAUAAUAUGCUGUUGACAGCAGAGCUGUAUCUUCAGUGGUGUGAUGAUGCUACAGUCCAGGAGAUUACUCAUCCAAGAUAUGGAUCUCCUUAUCCUUGGCCUCUGAAUCAUAUUUUGGCUUAUCAGAAACAAUGGGAGGUCCGACGGAAGAUGAAAGCUAUUGGCUGGGGUAGCAAGUCAUUUGAUCAGGUGCUAGAGGAUGUUGAUCAGUGUUGUCAAGCCCUUUCUCAAAGGCUUGGAACUCAGCUAUAUUUCUUCAAUAAAAAGCCAACCGAGUUAGACGCUUUGGUGUUUGGACAUCUGUUCACUAUCCUGACCACCCAGCUGAUUAGCGAUGAGCUAUCUGAAAAAGUGAAGAGCUACAGUAACCUCGUAUCAUUUUGCAGAAGAAUAGAGCAGCACUACUUCGAGGGUCGCGCCAAAGACGCAAUUUUCAUGCCGUCGUUCAUGAGCUGA